AUGGAGAACGAAGAACUGUUUGCGGGCGAACCCGCCCUUGACGCGCAGCAACAAGCCUUGAGCAGUCGUCGCAUCGCAGCGGCGUCCAAAGCACCCCCCCUGCAGAUCCAUUCGGAACCGUUGCUGGCCAACGAUUCGGAGACCGAUUCAUGGCAGCUGCAGGAUGAACGACGACCUGACGACUUCGACGACCGCUCCCGAUGGCGAAGACCUCAUAUUUGGUGGCUUCUGCCCUUUGGCUUGCUCUUUACACUGGGAUUCGGAGGGCUCGCAGUGCCCAAGAUUAAUUUGAUUAUGUCCCUGAUUUGCCGCGACUAUUUUGUCGAGAAGACUGCCCAGGAUCCCACGUUCACUUAUCUCCCCGUCAUCUUCGGAGAGGACAACUCCCAGUGUCGCUUGCCGGAAAUACAGUCUCUCGUCGCCAAAUUUCAGCUUUAUCUGAAUCUUGUUACAGGAAUCAUUUCUGCAUUGGUCAGUCCUCGGAUGGGUCAUCUAUCUGAUCGCUAUGGUAGAACGAAGAUCAUCGCGCUGGGCGCAAUGGGCGCUGUUCUCAACGAAUCGAUUACCGUCAUUGUCGCCUCGUGGCCCGAAUAUAUGUCGGUCAACAUGCUCCUAGUCGGAGCUGUCUUCGAUGGGCUGGGAGGCUCAUUCACCACUGCACAAGCCUUGAUCCAUUCAUAUGCCUCUGAUUGCACACCCCCGGACCGACGAAGUGUGGCCUUUGGACUAUUCCAUGGUGCCUUGUUCUUUGGGAUCGCGGUCGGUCCGAGUGGUGCUGCAUAUUUGAUCCAGAAAACGGGAGGCACUCUGAUUGUAUUCUACGUUGGAUUGACUUUACAUUUCGUCUUCUGUCUCUCCCUGUACUUUAUCGUUCCGGAGUCUCUUUCCAAGGCGCGACAAUUAGCUGCUCGCAGUCAGCACCGGGCAAAAACGGCCGAUUCAAACCGGACCAGCUGGUAUCAGUCUUUGAACCCCAUGAACCUGAUCACACCUUUGAAGAUUCUUCUCCCCGCUGUUGGCCGACCGAGUGUCCUGUUUCCGAACCGCCGUGGAGCCAGCCCGGCGCUUCGACGGAAUAUCGUCCUGUUGGCUGCGAUAGACACCGCUGCGUUUGGCGUUGCGAUGGGCACGGUGCAGGUGAUCAUCAUCUACGCCGAGUACAUGUUUAACUGGGGCAAUGUGGAAUCCAGUCUUUUCGUCUCGAUCAUCAACGUGGUUCGCGUUGUCAAUCUUUUCCUGGUUCUCCCGAUCGUGGCUCGGCUCUUCCGCACUCCAGUUGAAAAUGAUGAUACCAUCCGCGGAUCUGACAUGUUGGAUGUUGUUUUGAUACGUUUGUCGAUUGUUUUUGAUAUCCUUGGAUACGUUGGUUAUGCCCUGUCAUGGCACCCGUCCGUCAUGAUCCUUUCGGGCAUUGUCGCCUCGCUCGGCGGGAUGGGAUCACCAACCUUGCAGUCCUCGCUCACCAAGCAUGUCCCACAAGAACGUAUUGGGCAAAUGCUUGGUGCUACAGGCCUGUUGCAUGCCCUUGCCCGAGUUGUUGCGCCUACUAUCUUCAAUCUGAUCUAUAGUAUGACUGUCGCAACUUAUCCACCCGCGGUUUUUGUUUGUUUAGCAGCUGUGUUCGGUAUUGCUUUCUUAUUGAGUCUACUGAUUAGACCGCAUGUUACUCUCGAAGACGAGCCGGAUUUGGAUACAACUGUGGAGGCGAAUUAUGGUGGAGAAAGUGAGCAGGACCAUUUGCUGCUCGGAUAA